GCAUGCAUGCACUGCCACAUCAGCAUUGCCCACGCGCGCAAAAGGAACCCCCUGGCACUAUUGGAUUGUAUACAGAUCAUCAGUCAGCUAUUGCCAAUAUUCCAACUGCACGUAUACACUGCGUUAUAUCAUGCGAUAACUCGAGAGAUUUUGCCUUUCGUAUAUUGCAAUUUCGAGAAAAAUUCACGCAAGCUGUAGUUGUUCAAUCCACCGAGCAGCGGAGAUGUUUUGCUGCGUAA